CAUUUCAUCGUCGUGUUUUUGUAGUUCCAUUUUCGAAGCAGUAUUGGUUUGCAAGUGCCUGUUUUUAGUUUCAAAGUUUAGUUUUUAGUAAAAAAUGAGCGGCUUAGCGCGGUUUUUAGUUUCAGCUUUAUUGUUUUUAGUUAGUAAAGUGGACGGAGAAGCGUUCAGUGUUAGAAUAGCGACGGAGAAUCAUGUGAACGAGGUUGAUAGUAGAUUCGUUAGUUUUACGAUAGAUCCUAAGUAUUUGUUUGGUAGCAGCGAUGAUUUGAGCAGCAAAGAAUCAACUUGCAUGGCCGCCUCACUAGCUCCAGCGUAUCUCCGAAUAGCCGGCCCCUCCACCUCUCACAUAACCUUCAAUAAUAAAAGCAUGACCAUUGAACAUCUAGAUACAUACCUUCCAGAACCUAAUAAGCAAAAGAGACACCUAAUCAAAAAAGAAACAGAAGAAGACUACGAUUAUGAAGAUAGCAAUGAAGAUAUUCUUACGAAACUGAGAAGAUCAAGUGAAAAACUACUUAAAAGACAUAGGAGGCAGUUAAUCUCUGGCAGCCAAGAAGGAACAUUAGAUGAAGAUGAAGAAAAAUUAAAACCGAAACUGAAGAAGUCAAAGAUUCAUGCCUUAGCUAAACAUAAAAAGAUUUCAAAAGACUAUGACAAAGAAAGAGAAACUGCAGAUGAAAGCCAUGAAAGUUUAUUAACGAAACUAAAAUCUAGACGCUUAUCAAAACUAAAGUCCAAUAAAGAAGAGAGUGAAGAACGGCCUAAAAGAUUAAGAAGGUUGUCCAAAGAUAAUUUAGAAGUGAGUCAUAGACAAUGGAAGAGGUUCGCCAAAUGGGCUAAAGAUACUGGUUUUAGUUUAGUGUUUGCUGUAAAUAAUGGUGAGAAGACUGAGAAUGGUAUGUGGGAUCCUAAUCCUGCGUUGAACAUGCUGACUAUUGCUGAUAAGGACGAUAUGCAAGAGAUCUAUUGGCAAUUGGGUUAUGAAUGCAACAACCAGACCCUCGAAGACUACCUCAACGACCUUCAAACCCUUCGCAUGAUGGUAGACACUUUUGACGCUCGACACUGGAAGGUUGUUGGUGGAGACAUUUCGGCGUGUCUUGAAGCUGGUUCUAAAAGCGACUUUAAGGACUAUGUGACGCUGUCUGCUGACAGUAUGGAUGCUGUACUACUGAAUGGCAACUCAUCCUCUCACGAGUUAGCACGUAUGUCUGAAGCCUCUCGCCUAUCUUUGCUACGAGUCCUCAGCACCAGUAACGCCCUCUGGCUUACGGAGCGACCUCAGCAGCAUAGCGAACAGGCUCGUGCGGCAGAUUGGCUGACCAGCCUCGGCUACUCUGCCAGGAACGGGUUCCAUGUGCACUUCAGAGAACUGCUUGAGAACGAGCUGUUUGAGCCCACUUUGAGUUUCUACAUGGCCCUACUCUUCAAAAACCUAGUCGGCGAGCGCGUUCUAGAACUCACCAUGGAACCAUCCGACGGGCAAGCGGCCCUCUUCGCACACUGUACAUCGCUGCGUCACAAGCCCGUACCAGGCGCGGUCACCCUUUACGGAGUGAACAUGGAUAGCGAACCGGCGAGAUUCUCGGUGAAACUGGCGAAGCGGGAGGAGGAGGGUGAUAUCAUGCAGUUUAUAUUGGGGCAUGAUCAUAGCGGCAACAUCGUCGUAAACGGCCGCCCAAUGUUCUACGAAGGCAACAUCCGACCAGUUGUGAAGCGCGUCCGUCCCUUCAAGACCCUGCUCCUCAAUCUACCACCCAAGUCUUUCGGCUUCUGGGUCCUGGCCAACACCAAGGUUAACGCUUGCUUUGAUGACGAAAGUAAGGACGAGACUCUAGUUGAAGCUAAACCUGUCAAGGUUAAAGAAAGUAAGGAAAUAGAUGUAGAAGAAAAUAAGAGUGAGGUAGCAAAAACAAGAAAAGAGGCCAGCGAGGAAAACAAAAGAAAAGAGGCACAUGAGGAAAACGAAACAAAAGAGGCACACGAGGAAAACAAAACAAAAGAGGUACACGAGGAAAACAAAACAAAAGAGAUCAGCGAGGAAAACCAAACAAAGGAGGCCAGUGAGGAAAUCAAAACAAAGGAGGUCAGUGAGGAAUACGAAUCAAAACAGGAAAUAGAGCUUGAUGAGACUAAAAAGAAGAUUAGAAUGAAAAGAUCGAUUAACUUAAGCGAUUUUGAUCUUGAUAUCGAUAUCAAUGAAUUUGACGAUAUCAAUAAUAAUGAAGCUUUAAGAAACAGGAUCGAUGGCAUAAACAGAGGGUUAAGAGAUGUUCAAGGUUUGAUUGACCUGAAAGAUAGUCUGAUAACGAACAGAGUCAAACGUCAAAUUUCUGGAGAAGAAUUCGAUAGCCGAAGGAAGCAGAGAAAACAAUCGUUAAGAAAAGGUGACAGGAAGUUCAAACAUGAACAUAAACUAGUUGGUUCUGGCAUUUUUGAGAAAAUUAUGAACAACAUCCAGGGUAAAAUUCCGAAACUGAACUUAACCAAAAGCAUUAAAGGACUGAAACAAAGAAAAUUAGGUAAGAAUAAUAUGAGUAAACAUACUAAAAGAAAUUCAAGGAAUUACAGAAACAGAGAAGAUCUCAGUGAAGCAGAUGAAGAAGAUUCUCACUCGAGAAAGAAAAGAAGUUUAUUGGUUAGCAAUAAAAAUCAUGGAAAAGACAAGACUGAGAAAAAUGAAAUAGAUUUGGAUGGAGAAAUACAUGGGAAAUACGGCAAAAUUUUGAAGAAGCAUAAAGAAAUGCAAAACGCUAUCGAUAAUGAUGACGAUAAGUCUUCAGAUUAUGAUCAUGAUAAUCACAAGUCUCACAAAGAUGGAGGGAUAGAAAUAAAUACUAAAAUAACAGAGGACGAUGCAGAAAUUAAAAUAAGUGAGAAUACUGACCAUGGCUUGUUGGAAACUGCUCUUGAAAACGUUCUCUCGUUGUUAGAUGAAUUAAAUCACAAUUUGAGUAAAGUUUGGUCAUCGCUAUCAUUUUUAGACUAAAAUGGUAUCUAGAUAGGUAGUAAAUAGUUAAAUACAAAGUGAUACAAAUUAUAGAUCAGAUUUCUAGAAAAACAUCGGAACUUUGCUCAAUAAGUACGAUAAGUUUUAGGAAGUUUUAUACGUUUUUGGAUGGUAAGAGGGUAUGAAAUAAUGCUGUUAAAUAUGUUAUUAGUCGUAGUAAUUAUUUUUUAUA